CACUCUAGAAGCCUGUCAGACACAGGUCCCGUCAGAAAUGGCAAUCCCCAUGUUGCAGUCACUAAAUCCAAAACAGCAGGAGGUUUUCUAUUUUGUGCGAAAGUGGUGCAUGGAGACUGCGCAGGGAAAGAGACCAGAUCCAUUUCAUAUUUUCCUAACGGGUGGUGCGGGGACUGGAAAGAGUCAUCUUAUCAAAUGCAUAUGCUACGAGGCUACCAGGUUACUACAGCAGACACAGGAAAACCCUGACAGUGUCUCUGUUCUGCUUGCAGCACCCACAGGGACUGCUGCGUUCAACAUUGGUGGAAGCACUAUCCACCAUGCGUUCCAUCUGAUGUGUAAGACAAAGGACCGUGAGGGCCUUUCCGAGAGUACCGUUAACACUAUGCGAGCGCAAUAUGAAAGCCUCAAAAUUGUGAUUGUAGACGAGGUGUCGAUGGUUGAUAAACCACUCAUGAAGUCUAUUCACCUUAGGUUGCGUCAAUUGAGACAGGGGAGGCCAAAUGCACUGUUUGGAAAUGUAAGCAUCUUGGCAGUAGGUGACAUGUAUCAGGUUCCUCCAGUCAAGGGAAUAAGUCUCUACAAGGAAAGAGACAGAGAUAUUUUCAACUUGUGGAAUCCCAACUUUGAAGUAGUUGAACUUGAGGAAAUCAUGAGGCAGAAGGAUGAUGCUGCAUUUGCAAAGCUGUUGAAUAGAAUGAGGGUAAAGAGAAAGAAAGACAAACUUUCAGAUGAAGAUGACGAAAUUCUGUCUUCAAGGGUGUUAUCUGUAGACUUUGAAGCAGACGAUUAUCCUAAAGAUGCGCUUCACAUCUUUACCACUAACAUAGCUGUUGCAGAGCAUAAUGACAAGAUGUUGAGACUCAGGUGUCCAGAUGUAAGAUGUUUUGAAGCCUCUGAUUUCGUCAAAGAUCCCACCACAGGUUCCAUGAAUAGGCGAGAUCUCGCUCGAGGAGGAAAAGACGACCUCCCUGAUGUUGUCAAAGUUGGGGUUGGUGCUAGGGUCAUGCUUUCUAGAAAUGUCAAUGUGGCGGAUGGUCUAGUGAACGGUGCAUUUGGAACAGUGUCUGGGGUAGCAGGUGGUCAGGAUGAUGCAAGGGAAGUUGCAACUGUUUUUGUGCAGUUUGAUAACCCAAAGGUGGGCGCUCUCGAAAGGCAAAAAAGUAGCAGUUCCCAGCAGUCUACCUGUCAAUUCGGUUCCUGUACGUCAGAUUGAGGACAACUUAAACAAAAGUAAAGUCAAACGUAACCAAAUUCCCCUCAAACUAGCUUGGGGCUGUACAGUACAUAAAGUACAGGGCAUGACGACUGAUGAAGUAGUUG